AUGGGAGAAUCUCCACACACUGGAGGACCAGCCAGCCUGGAUAACACAUUGUCAGAGACCUGUCUCAAGCAAGGUGGAAAGAUGAUUCACAAGCUGGCAGCUCGAGCAAUGAUCAGAGAUUACGAAGAGGGCAUUCUCCAUAACAAUGAAACCAACCACGAGAUGAAGAAAAACAUCAUGAAAUCUAUGAUUAUUAAACUGAGUAAAGAAAAUUCUCUUAUAACACAAUUUACAAGCUUUGUGGCUAUUGAGAAAAGGGACAGUAAUGAGAGACCUUUUAUUAAUAUUCCAAAUAUUUCGGAACUUAUUGCCAAAGAAGAUGUAGACUUUCUUCCAUACAUGAGUUGGCAGGAGGUGCGACCAGAGGCCAGCACAGCACAGACAGAGAUUGAGUGUUCAAGACUAAAGCAAGAUGACACCACUGAUGGCAACAGACUGUUACAGUCUUUUUCAGUCCCCUUUGAAGAGAAUGUGGACCGGCCUCAGCUACAUUUGGCUAGAAAAAAGUUUAAAAGGUUAUCUGCUUCUGCCUCCCAAGCGCUAAGAUUAAAGCUGGAAGUUGCUGGAGAUUCUGACCUUGUUGCAGUAGCAUCACCACAAGCAACAGCCCAAGCUCUUAGAGCCCCUACGUUAUGUGAAGAUGUGAAAAAGCCGUUGAGUAUGAGCCUGAUGGAUUCAUCCAAAGAAGCGGGAUUUCAAAGACUGUUCAAGGCAUCCAUGCCACAAAAUAUGCCUGUCUCCACAUUUUCUUUUGCCACUGAAGUCACAACUCCAUUUCCUUUCCCUGCUCCCUACAGUACCCCCUCUGCUUUCCUCUCUUCUGAUGGUGGCAUCCCCCGAACUCCUCUCUGUCCUCUCUCCAGUGCGGGUCUUCCUCCUCCUCUUCUCGGUGGUGCCAGUCUUCUUCCUACUCUUCCUCUCCCCCGUGAUGCCGGUCUUCCUCCUCCUCCUCCUCUUCUCGGUGGUGCCGGUCCUCCUCCUCCUCCUCUUUUCGGUGGUGCCGGUCUUCCUCCUCCUCGUCUCCCCCGUGGUGCCGGUCUUCCUCCUCCUCCUCUUCCCGGUGGUGCCGAUCUUCCUCCUCCUCUUCCUGGUAGUACAUGUCUUCCUCCUCCUCCUCCUCUCUCCGGCAGCACCCGUCCUCCUCCUUCUCCUCCUCCUCCUCUUCCUCUUAGAGAAGUCAGCCCACCUAAAUCUGACCAAAGCCCUGAGCCUGGCAGUGGGAUUAACAUCUUCUACGACUCAGAGUCUCCUCCCAAACGGCCUCCCUUGGACUUGUCCUUGGGGCUCAUGGGUAGUACUUUUUCAGGUAGAGGCUUUAGCUCAGAGGAGUUUGGUCAACGCGAAGUUUCUCUAGUCCAUGAUAGCUGCUACUUCUCUGCUAAAAUCUCUGGGCCGGAUGCGCCUUCGAGUUCAUCUCUUUUUUCUCGUUCUAGGUUAGCUCUGCCAUCUCGCUGUGGGUCAGCUUUUCUAUCCCCUCGUAGGUCACCUCUUUAUCCUCCUAUGUCUCCUCUUCUUGCUGAAAACUUUGUCGCCUCUCACAUUCCCCCAAGUCCCAAUUAUGGCACUGCAGAAACCCCAACAGGUUCACCAGAACAGGCUUAUUUACCAUCAUCACCUAGUUAUAACGGAGCUUCGCAAUCAGACUCCAUUCAAGAAGACUCGGAAGAAGUUGGCGAAUAUUCUUUUGAAAUAGAAAGUGAUGGAGCAGCAAAAAAUUUGGCAUUUAAGUUCUUUAAACCGAUCCGGGAAUGCUGUGUAACAAGUGACCUAUUCUCCUUCGAUGAUGAAGAUGAUGCAGUCUAUGAAGAUAGCUGGAGGAAUCUUGAAGCAUGGGCUGCACUCUUCAGUCUACAAACUGAGGAUGGUUUUUGGAAACUUACACCAGAACUAGGACUUAUAUUAAAAGUUAAUGUAGAUGUUCUACACAAUUUUCUUGAAGAAAAGGGCAUUCGAUCUCUAGGUGCAAAAGGAAGAGAAUGUCUCCUGAACCUGAUUGCCACACUGCUGGUACUACAGUUCCUGCGUACCAGGCUGGAACAAGAAGGAAUGGUUUCCAAGUCAGUGAUGAACAUGGAUGAUGCCUUCAUUUCCAGGAAUGUUCCUUGGGCAUUUGAAGACAUAAAGAAAGCAAAUGAAUGGGUCAGAAGAACAGAAGGACAAUAUCCAUCUAUCUGCCAACGGCUUGAGCUGGGUAAAGACUGGGAUACGGCCACAAAGCAGCUACUGGGAAUUGAGCCCCAAGCUAACACUUCUCUUCACAGAAUCUUACAUUAUAGUCAAGGCUGAAUCCAAAGAAAUUGCAUUUUAAACCUUUCUCAUAUUUCUAUUAAGAAAAUAAUCAAAUAGUAAAAUAUACUUAGAAUGACAUUUAAUUUUCUUUCCAGUGUUGCUAUGAGCCCCUUUAAAGUAAAUGGAAGCAGUAUUGAUUAACUGGCUAACAACAAUAAAAAUUGCAGUAUUAGAGAUUU